UUUUUUUGUGAAAAUCACCGAUAUUAAGGAACAAAAAAUGUAUAAAUUUUAUAAUUAUGAGGAAAUAAUCAGACGAAUACGAAGAAUAGAUGGGAAAUUAACGUAUAGGAAGCUGUUUAUCAUUAUAGUAUUAUCAUGUUUGUUCUUUUUGUGGAUUAUUUCAAGAUAUUUCUUCGACUCAAAGAAAAUAGAAAGAGAUACACUAAGUACAUGUAUAGAUGAUAAUCUUUCGGCACGAAUAUAUAGUGAGUUUGAUAAGGGUAACUUAAAUAUUUAUGGACUAGAAAGUAAUAUUGGACUUAAGGACAUUCCUUAUAUUGGAAACGGAAUCUUUGGAUUGGAAGUCAGUCAAGAUGCUUAUUUAAAUAUUAAAGAAGGUCGUGCAUUGCUCUUAGGCUUACCAUUUGCACCAAUCGUUUCUGUAGCAAAAAAUCAAGAGGACGUUAAGGAAAUAUCAAUAGUUGAUUAUGUUAAUGGAUUGGUCACGAGAUAUCAAUGUUAUGAAGACUAUCAAGUCAGGUACAAAUAUUAUGCACAUCGUAACUAUCCAUCAGUGUUUGUCCAAGAGAUCCAGAUUAAAAAUAAUCGGAAUCAAAUUAUUGAUCUCAACUUAGUAUUACCUCGAAUUAUUGGCGAUUGGACGACUGCCACAUCACAAAUAACAAAAAUUCAGCAUGGAUCAAAGAUUGUUGACUAUGAAGUGAUAACAGGACAUGUAAACUCGUUUAUUAAUGGAAAAAUUCGCGUUGUGUCGAUUGUUCAUCGUGUAAUUCCGAGAUCUCUAACACUUAAUAAGCGCGGUAAUACAAAUCUUAAUCUAUUGACUACAAUUAAUUACUCAAAGCCAGUCUCAAAGGAUCAAUUGAAGCAACAGAAAGAGAUUGUUGAAAAAUUUGCAAUAGAAGCAAUGAAGAAAGUCAUAGAAGAACAUUUAGGUGAUGAUGUGGCUGGAGAUGCUUUAUAUAAAUUCCGCAAACAACAUACGAGUAUUUGGAAUAAUUUAUGGCAAACUGGAUUCUAUAUAUCCACAUCUAAAGCUGAGAAUGCAAUAAAUGGUGAUAAAAUUAAUUCCACAAUGUAUCAUGUAUUGUCUCAUGCUAGAGCUUAUGAAUUUGAGGAAUCCAUAACGCCAAUGCGAAAGAAUCAAAUUUUACAAGAUCUGACUUAUAGUGAAGGGUGUUAUGACAGUUAUCAUACACUUCAAGCUGAAAACUUAUGGAAGCCAAUGACGACAAUUGAAGAAGCAAAUGCAGUUGUUAAGAGCUGGAUAUUGACAAUGGAAAAGCAAGGCUGUCACAAUCUUAUUAAAGCUGGUUCUAGUGGCAUUGUUCAGUCAAUGGUUUUAUCGUUUGGUGGCUUCCGAUUUAGCAAUCAGCAUUUAGAAUUUAAUAUUCAUCCAAAGUACUUACAUCGUGACUUUUCAUUCCGUCGUUUAAAUUAUGGAAAUAUGACUCAUGUUAAUAUUACCGUUAUGGUUCGUGAUGAUAAUAAGGCACAAAUUGAAGUUUCUCUUGAUCGUUCUGAUCGAACAUAUUAUGCUUGCGAUGCAGGCUGCUUAGACACUCCAGUUCAGUUGAGUCAAAUGACACGCGUUUUUCCUGUUAAGCUUACAGAGCCACUCACUUCCGUUCUCUACAUAACGUCUGAUAAGCAGCAUAUGGAAGACUUGAGACAUGCUAUUCAUGUUAAAGAAAUUAUUGAAGCACCAGCACAUGAACAUCACUUGCUUCUCCUUCAUAGACAUGGAUCUAACUUGGGUGGACUUCCAACAUUCUUUUGGAUAGCUAUUUGUGCAAUUAUCGUAAUUUUUCACGUGUUCUUGUGUAAAUUAAUAGUCAAAGAGUACUGCGAUCCUCCAGAAUUAAAGCGCUAUAGAUACAGCAAACCUUAAUUAAAAUGUACUUUUUAAAUGAGCGCAUAGUAAAUUAUCAAAAUAAAUUUAUUAAUGAAUUACUGUAUGAUUGAGUUUCACUUUUUAAUAAUUGUAAAUAGUUUGAAUGUUGAUGCAAUAAAAAUAUUUUAAAGUCGUGAGUAUUAA